CGAAUCGCAGUUCGAAAGGCGCAGGUCGCAUCACUUCAGUUUCCACGGAAGUGUAAUUUCAAGCGCCGUGUGACUUAUUAUAAUAGAAAGGUCUUAUUUGGAUGAACGGCUCAUUGGGAAAAUGAUUUGAGAAGCCUGAGCUUGAGAUGAUCGGAACAAAAUUGAGUGCACCGUUAUUGCUGCCUUCCCUUCUCCUUUUCCUGCUGCUAGAGGACAACGCAGAUGGCCGAGCUAUAGUGUCGCCAUUCUUUCGACCUCCACCCGGACAAGAGUAUGAAAAGAUUAACGCCAUAAAAGACCAUUUUUAUGAGCAGUUCUAUGGUAAAGGAGGGAAAAAGAAUAAAAUAAGUCACAAGAAAGUACUGACAUCGCAGGAUAUGACAUUAACAAGAGAAGCUCUGUUGCAGGCAACCUCGGCCCAGACCACCGCACUUGUUGCUGCAGCUCAAGCUGCGCGCUCAUCCUUGGAGAUCUCGGAACUAGCUCAGAAGGCCCAGGACAUCUCAGUCAAGAGAGCACUAUGGGCAUUAAAGACAAUCAAAGUUGCAGCGAAAGCUGAAGAAGUGGCGGUGAACGCCAUACAGACCAUGUUUAUGUAAAAAUGAGUAGCAGUAUUUCUAGUUUUCGCAGUCAGAUUUUACAAAAUAUAGAAUUUAAAAAUUGUCGCCUGGUUGUAAGACCUUUGAAAGAAAAAAGUAUAAUAAAUAUUUGUGCACAAAGCAACUUUACACCAUAAUUAAUCCCUCUACUUUUAAAGUAUUCAUUACAUCACCUUACCAUUCCUUUGAUUAUAAAUGCUAUCAUGCCAAAAUUACAUUCAGAGCGGAGAGUAUAUUUGAAUUUGCACCGCUCGUUAAUGAGUAAAAAAAUAUAAAUAAAGGUCAAGUUUUCAAGCUCAAGCUUCCUACUUCUAGGAUUUAAACAAUAACUAAGCCACAUUACUGGUCUGCAGAUGACACCCGCAAUAACAUUUAGCGAUGACAUAUACCCAAAUUAAAGUUUAGCUAUUUAACAGUGAAAGCUUUGCUCUAAUGACGCUUUAUGUUAAGACAAUACGUAAUAACAUAUCAACAUAAUUUAUGAUAAUGUAUUUUGGUAAGUGACAUGAAGAAUAAUCAAAGCAAGGUUUGACAAAGCCCUGAUAUUUCUUCAAUCUUGCUUUUUCUUAUCUAUGUAGGAUAAAAAUACUGCAAGGAACUGUUUCAUGCAAUCUUACCUAUGCUAUACA